CAGCAACAACCUAAACUAGUUUCAAAGAAUCUGUUAGUUGAAUCUGGUACUUCAUCCUCUCCGAGUUCCUUCUGUCCUCAUUGCAAUCCACGACUCAACGAUUCGAACUAUCUGAGCAGGCUGUACGGUACAGUGACAACGCCUGUCCAUCAACGUGUCCGGUGAUACCCUCACGCGAGGUUUGCCUCCUGCAAUUCAUAUCCGAUUCUACUUCUCCCGGCUUUCAUUAUAACACUUCAAAAGAUUAUCAUUUUCAUCCAAAGUCUUGUCUCUGUCGAACAUCGGCAAUGUCAGAAUCAGCAGACCUGACUUGCAAACCUCCAACUGCUGUCACUUUUUCUUUUACAGCCCCCUUUCCUGCAGUGUCGUCCUCCAUUUCCUCAGCAUCGUCAACCUCUUCCGCGCUAAAGCAAAGACGCGUGUCACUUGCGCUUCCAUCUUCCCCCAGGCUUGUCCCAGCGUGGAAUUUUCGUGACGACACCGGCCUCACUUCGCAUGUUGCUGAAACUUCUGCACCAAUGCCGGAACGUAAGGGAAAGAUGCGCAAGAUCGCUGGUGAUGGCGACUACCGUGAAUCAGUUGGCGCUUUUAUAAUCCAGCAGAAGAAACCACGCAAGAAAUGGUCCGAGGAAGAGACCCAAAUGCUCGUCGAGGGUUGCAAUACGUGGGGCGUCGGCAAUUGGAAGGCUAUAUUGAAAGAUCCGAAGCUGACUUUUGACAACCGCUCGCCUGUUGACCUCAAGGACCGAUUUCGCACUUAUUUUCCUGACGCGUACAAGGAGCACUACCCCAAUGCGAAGACGCAUCUCUCCAGUAAAAUUCGAUCAACUCUCCCAGAUGGACGUUCCAUCUUUGAGAAAACGCGUAGUAAGAAGCGGCGUCCGUUUACUGAGGAAGAGGACCGCGCUCUCAAGGCUGGCUAUGAGAAGCACGGUACCGUAUGGGCAACAAUAGUCAAAGACCCUGUCUUCCAGGAGCAGAAUCGACGCUCGACUGACCUCCGUGACCGUUUCCGCAACGCGUUUCCUGAGCUGUAUCAAGCAGCGGGCUAUAAGCCACGGAACGCGCCCAAAAAGCGGAGAGAGUGUGUUCAGCCACUUCCCAUUCGCUCAGCGACUGAUGAUCAGUUGACUGCGCACAGCAGCCACAUAGGCCCUGCCCGCAAGAAGCGCGUGCAGUCGAGGCAGGGUAUGUUCAGAGGUGGGACGAAGAGCGUCCCAGAGAGCCCAACAUGCUCCGAAGAUGACGAUAGCUCAGGUGGCGAGGAGGAGGGUGGCACCAGGCUGUUCAGAUGCCCACCGAUUAUGCACGACCCGUCUCAGCCUGAUGAUAUGUCUUCGCCAGACGGACUCGCAGUGAUGGACAUGGAGACGAUAGACCCCUUGUCCGAGCCACUAUCUAUUCCCGACUUCAUGCCUAGUGCAUCGCAGUCUCUCUCAGAGCUCACGGACUCCUCUCAGUCGCAGACUUGGUCUAGCAUAGACACGCCUCUCAAUUCCGCGACAUGGUCCGCGACCACUGCUUCUCCGACAUCAUCACAUAUUUCUUCUGAUUAUCUGCUUGGUCACUCUCACUUUGAUCGUCGCUUGAACACUAUUGGAAAGUCGGCUUGGGGUCCGCAGGACUGGUUUUCUGCCAACCCCCGACUCGACACGUCUGCUUUCUCCAGUAGCGGGUCAUCAUUUGCCGACGGGUUGUCUCCUGCACCAUCAUCUCCGUUUUCCUUUCACAACCUCAAUCAUGGCGUCGUCGAUCGCUACGACCUGUUUCCGAGUUCCUUUCCAAACGACUUCACCUCUGAUGUCGGCGUUGGGGACUCACAUUCCACAUUUUCGGACCAUGAGAUGUUCGCGUCGAGCAGUUUCAGGGGGUUCACACAUCACUCCAACUAUGCCGGUGAUCUCAUCUUCGGUGCACGGACACAUCAACCCCAGCAGUCAUACUACGGUCCCGGAUUCGGAUUUGGCACACCUGGCCUUGGACUGUCAGGGAUGCAGCAAGCCACCGGCCUACAUCCUCUCCAGAUCCACACCCCUGCACUGCCAGGUAUUGACGAGAUCGAGCUGGCGUCGAUCACACUCAAUGACCAAGCGGAGAUUUCGGCCGAUGCCGCUCAGACCACUAGUGAGAUUGGAGUGCAGAAAGAUGAUUCAGAAGCGUCUUUGAGCCUGUCUGCCCUGGAAAUAUAUACCAUGUCGCAGCAGAACAUGGAUGAUAUCGUCGACUUGACGCAUUCCACUCCCCCUGCAACACCCAUCACCUCGACUCGCCCUCUACGGGGUCAUCCCCACAUGCAUGCAUCGUCUCAUCAUGGCCGGUCUAUCUCGGUUCCCCCAUCCGAACACCGGUAUAUGUCUACCCACAUGUCGCAGGGUCAUGGUGCAUCGCAACCACAGAUCACGAGCACCCGCUCCCUCCCUUUCUUCGACACUGUCCCGCUCACACAUCCCUCCGAUGUGGCAUCUAUGCAUGUACAGUCUUCGUCACCACCAGGGGCAGACUUUUGGCGACCCUCAAAUCCUACUGAUUUCCAUGGCGUUCCCUACCUCGAUUUACACUACUUCAGCAGCCAUGCUACUGACGGACAUGAUGUCAAUCCCAUGACCAUCGACACUUCGCGUCAGGGACAAGCGUUAGACCUUGCUCGUUCGCAUCCUUCUCAGAAGUCAGCUCCUCCGGUACCAUACUCCACAGUUUCUCAGGAACUUCAGACAGCGCAGGCGCUUCUGACAGGCACCGCUGUACGUCAGUCACACUCGAUGCAUCACCGCGGGACAAGUUUUGUCUCCCCGCAGGAUCUACAUUUCCGCAAAGCGAGCGAUAACAAGCGGAAGAGAGCGAGCUGGGAUGGCGGGGUCUUCUAGCUCAUUGAUUAUUUUGCUCUGAUUCGUGGUCCCGUAAAUUCUUCAUCGAGAGACAUAUUCGUCUCUCUAGCUUCUUAUCUCUUCAUUCCGUGAUUCAUCACCAUAGCAUUGCAUGUCUCCAUCGCAUCGCAUCCCAUAAUCUAUGUUUAGCUCCAGUAGCAAGCAUCAUGUUUCCGCACUCGUAUGAAAUUUAUGAAUUUAUGUAAUUAUAUAAUUAAAUGUGGAAGGUGGUUGAGGCUCAAAAUGGGAGACUCGAAGGUCCAGCUUCUGCAUUAAGCUGUUCAUUCCACCCCGUUGGUUCCACUUCCAUAGGGAUCUCAUCGCUGGGUUCUUCUGAGGGAAGAAGGUAUUGGAUCUCCUCGAACAUAUGAGGGAACAAGAUGGCCAGCAUGUCAUUGACU